AUGGCCGUGGCACAGCGUCACGACGGAGUCGGCCAGUACGGCUUCGGUCAGCACUACACCACCAUGACGCCGCCGUCGUCGUUCAACAACUUUGGCUACGACCGCCGGCCCAAGACGGAGGAUCCCGCCGAGCCGCUCUGGCCGGUGCCGAGGGUUCAGCAGCAGCCACCUCAGCAGGGGCCUGCGAGCGAGAGGUCGUCGAUUACUGGAAGCCUGCCUUCUGACUUUGGUCGAGGGCCACCUCAUCAGAGCAACUACACAUAUGACGGAGCGUCGUCUGCGAUGCGCAACCCGGUGGUGUACAGUCAGCCCGCGCCCGUUGGGUGGGGUCUGGGUGGACCGUCGUCGGCUCACUAUGCGGAGUAUCCUACCGCGUCCUACAUGGCGCCGCUGGGCCAGCGGGCGCUGCCACCGAUGCAGGGCUCGACUUACCUCGGCGCGACCAACGGUGCACCGUACGGCGACUCGUCCCUUUACCCGGAUGCCUACCCCAAAGUGAUGGGCGGGCCCGCGCCCAUGGGUGGCCCCUACGACCACAACGCCGAGACAAUGUGGCCGCUCGGCCCCAACUCUCUCGACGCCUUCGCCGGCAUGCCCGCUCCCUCGGGCCAGAUUGCGCGCCUCACGCUCACCUCCGCCGCAGACAAGGGCAAGCUCAAGGCGCGCACCACCCUGCCCCCGCCCAAACAGUUCAAGUGUUCCGCGUGCGACGCCAUCUUCAGCCGCAACCACGACCUCAAGCGACAUGCGCGCAUCCACCUCGCGGUCAAACCCUUCCCCUGCGGCUACUGCGACAAGGCCUUCAGUCGCAAGGACGCGCUCAAGCGCCAUGUGCUGGUCAAGGGCUGCGGGAUUGGCAACAAGAAGAGCGGCGAUAACCGCAAGCGUGCUGCGACACUGUCCAAGUUGGAGGGGAGCGACGGACCGAGUGCUAGUCGACCACCGUACGAUGGUGUUCCAUCGGACACAAGAGGCUUCCGUGAAUACAACCAGCCGGGUGCGCAGACGAGCUGGCCCUCUACAUUGACCGACGCUACCGUAGGUGGUGGUGGGGACUACACCUCGCCGCGCAUGGACGAGCGGGGACAGAUGCAAUUGAACCAGGGCUACUCGCAGAACUACGGGUUCAUGAGUGGAGAGGGUUUCCCGCAGCAGCAGAGGCAGCAGCUGGCAGGUGGACUCGUGAACGCCUUCACCAGCCCAGCGGGUACCUCGGCCAGCUCGCCGACCGAGUCCCAGCCUCGAUAUGCGGUCAGCGGCGUUGGUGAGGAGGCCAAGUCCUCGCUCGCCGCUGCCAACUUUGCCCCCGCGCCACCUAGCGUCGGCGGUCUAGGACUGGCAGUCGCCGGCAUAGCCAACGACCAGCCUGCCUUCGGCGUCGACAACGAGGGCAAGCGAUUUGGUGGCAACUUCGCCCAGCAGCCGCCUAUGCUCAGUCCACCUAUCGCAGACGAUCCGACGGUGCUCAAGAGACACCACCAGCAGUCUCAGCAGCAGCAACAGCAGCAACCAUUCGGGGGCUUCCUCGGCAACAACGCCCACUAG